AUGUUAAGCCAGAGGGAGGGGUACCACUACAAAUGGUCGAAGACAGCAAAAUCUCUCCUCACUACAGUGUUGGUGACGGACCCUUCAGCUGCACGGCAACGUGUGAGUGUUUUUUUCAGAGCCGGUGUCUUUGUGCAGGGUGGAACGUUCCGCAUGGUGUCAGAGGAAGAGCAGACGCUUAGGGCCAAACUGGAGCGUCUCACCGUCAAAGACCACGGGCCAGUGUUUGGACCUUGUGCCAAGCUCCCUGAUCACACCAUUCAGAAGGCUAAAGAUGAGCUGAAUGAGACAGAGGAGAAAAAAGUGUCAGCAGUGAAGGAACUGAAGGACAUCAUUAAAGAGAAGGCAGACAGCGGAGAUGACCUGGCCAAAGCGGUGCAGGAAACGUUCAUCGAGAAACCUGAUGCCGUGAUUAUUAGGUUCAUUCGGGCCAGAAAGUAUGAUGUGAAUAGGGCUUUUGAGCUCAUGAAGGGUUACGUGCGCUUCAGACGAGAUUACCCCGAGCUCUUUGAGAACUUAAGCCCAGAAGCUGUACGCAGCACCAUUGAAGCCGGAUACCCAGGGAUCCUCUCUAGCAGAGACAAACAUGGCCAUGUAGUGUUGCUCUUCAACAUUGAGAACUGGGACUAUGAAGAGAUCACCUUUGAUGAGAUCAUCAGAGCUUACUGUGUGAUCCUGGAGAAGUUGCUGGAGAAUGAGGAGACUCAGAUCAAUGGCUUCUGCAUCAUUGAGAACUUUAAAGGCUUCACCAUGCAGCAGGCAUCCAGUAUCAAGCCCUCAGAACUGAAGAAAAUGGUAGACAUGUUGCAGGACUCCUUUCCUGCUCGCUUUAAAGCAGUGCACUUCAUCCACCAGCCCUGGUAUUUCACUACCACCUAUAAUGUGGUCAAACCAUUGUUGAAGAGCAAACUCCUGGAGAGGGUGUUUGUCCAUGGAGAGGAGCUGGAGAGCUACUAUAAGGAGUUUGAUCCUGAAAUCCUGCCUGCAGAGUUUGAAGGGAAGGGUCCCAACUAUGAUGGCAAGGCAACAGCUGCAAAACUUUUUGACUGAAAAAUACAACUGUCAUGAAAUUCCUCUGUAGUCAUUGUGUAUGUUUUAGUAUUAUAGCAUAGAGAAUAAGUAUGUGAAAAUUUGUUUGUAAGUCAUAUCCAAUGUGGACUAUGUGUAAAAUGACAUAUUGUUGUGGCAGAAAAAUAAUCUGAUUACAUAAAAUGUCCUAUGUUCGUGAAUGUUGAAAUAAUUGGCCUGAGGGAAUCAUGCAAUUAUGUAAUAUCAGUGCUGAUGAAUUGACAUCAUUUAAAAGUAAGGACAAAAAAAAAAUCAUUUAAAAAUAGUUUAAUUUGGAUGAGCAUUUUUA